AUGUCCUUGACACAGAAGAUCGAGACACCAAGCGUCACCUACGAGCAACCCCUUGGCUUGUACAUUGACGGCAAGUGGGUGAAGGGUGUCGAGGGCAAGACCUUCGAGACUAUCAAUCCCACAAACGAGAAGCCCAUCGUCGCUGUCCACGAGGCCGGUCCCGAGGAUGUCGAUAUUGCCGUGAAGGCUGCCCGCAAAGCCUUCAAUGGCGUCUGGGCUCAGACCAUCCCCUCAGUCCGAGGUCAGAUGCUGACGAAACUCGCGGACCUCUUCGAUGAGUACUCGGAUACCCUUGCUGCUAUCGAGUCCCUGGACAAUGGCAAGGCCCUCUCAAUGGCCAAGGUUGAUGUUCAGCUCUCCUCUGGCUGCCUCAGAUAUUACGGCGGAUGGGCAGACAAGAUCCACGGCAAGACCAUCGACACAGACCCAGAGAGCUUCAACUACACGAGACACGAAGCCGUCGGUGUCUGCGGUCAGAUCAUCCCCUGGAAUUUCCCUCUUCUCAUGUGGUCAUGGAAGAUCGGUCCUGCUUUGGCUACCGGUAACACCGUUGUCUUGAAGACCGCUGAGCAGACUCCUCUAUCUGGUCUAUUCGCUGCCACCCUCGUCGAGAAGGCCGGUUUCCCAGCUGGUGUCGUCAACAUCAUCUCUGGCUUUGGCAAGACCGCUGGUGCCGCCAUUGCCUCCCAUAUGGACAUUGACAAGGUCGCCUUCACCGGCUCGACCGUCGUUGGCCGAACCAUUCUCCAAGCCGCUGCCAAGUCCAACUUGAAGAAGGUCACCCUUGAGCUCGGCGGCAAGUCACCCAACAUCGUCUUCAACGACGCAAACAUUGAGGACGCCAUCUCGUGGGUCAACUUCGGCAUCUUCUUCAACCACGGCCAGUGCUGCUGCGCCGGCUCCCGCAUCUACGUCCAGUCCGGCAUCUACGACAAGUUCAUCCAGGCGUUCAAGGAGCGGACUUCCAAGAACGUUGUCGGCGACCCGUUCAAGGCCGACACCUUCCAAGGCCCUCAAGUCAGCAAACUUCAGUUCGACCGAAUCAUGAACUACAUCCAGUCCGGCAAGGAGGCUGGCGCCAAGGUCGAGACUGGUGGCGAGCGCCACGGUAAUGAAGGCUACUUCAUCCAGCCGACCAUCUUCUCGAACGUCAGCGAGGACAUGAAGAUCAUGCAAGAGGAGAUCUUCGGACCUGUUUGCUCGAUCAGCAAGUUUGAGACCGAGGAGGAGGUCAUCAAGUCCGGUAACGAGACCACCUACGGUCUUGCUGCUGCCGUGCACACCCAGAACCUCAACACAGCCAUCCGUGUUGCCAACUCCCUCAAGGCUGGUACCGUCUGGGUCAACAACUACAACAUGAUCAGCUACCAGGUGCCGUUCGGUGGCUUCAAGGAGUCUGGUAUUGGCCGCGAGCUCGGCAAGUAUGCCCUUGCCAACUACACCCAGAUCAAGUCCGUCCGUGUCCGGCUCGGCGGUGCUCUCUUCGGAUAA